AUGCUCGCGCGAAGAGCGCUUCCACGCCUCCAGCAAUGCCACAGACUUGUCCCAUUUCUGUACAUCCGGCUUUACUCGACCACAAAGCUCAGCAAUGGCAUAACACUGGCCUACGACCUCCACGAGCCAGCAAAGAAAGCUGAGCGUGGCCUACGAGACCUCCGCGAAAAUGCUCCUCCCAUCGUCUUCCUCCACGGCCUCUUCGGCUCCAAGAAGAACAACAGGAGUAUGACCCGCGACCUCAACCGCCCCGUCUACGCCCUCGACCUCCGCAACCACGGCGACUCCUCCCACGACCCGCGCCAUGACUACAACGCACUCGCCGAAGACCUCGAGCUCUUCCUCCAACAUCACAAACUCACCCGCCCGACUUUAAUCGGCCACUCCAUGGGCGCCAAAACCGUCAUGACCCUCGCCCUUCGCAACCGCGUGCCCAUCGCCAACCUCAUCCCCAUCGACAACGCGCCGGUAGACGCAGCGCUCCAUCGGGACUUCAUAAAGUACACUCAAGGCAUGCGCAAGAUCGACGAAACCACUAUACACCGCCAGAGCGACGCAGACGCCAUCCUCAAAGACUACGAAGAGAGCAUCUCGAUCCGGCAAUUCCUGCUCGGCAACCUCGUGCGCCAGCCAGACGGGACGCAGAAAUGGCAGAUCCCGAUUAAGAUCUUAACGAAUGCCCUGGACAACAUGGCGGAUUUCCCGUUCAAGGACCCGGAGGAGGCGAGGUGGGAGGGGCCGGUGUUGGUGGUGAGGGGGACGAAGAGCCAUUAUGUGGCGGAUGAGAUGUUGCCGGUGCUGGGGAGAUUUUUCCCGAAGUUCGAGUUGGCGGAUGUGGAGAGUGGGCAUUGGGUUACUUCGGAGAAACCGGAGGAGUUUAGGAAAGCGGUGGUGGAAUGGUUACAGGACAAGGAGUGA